AACUUUGAGAGAGAUAAGGAACAGUAUAUAAGAGCUGGUCUUCCUCUUGUUCAGCAGUUCCAAGCAGGAGGACAACAGUCUGACACUGUGAAGAAAGAAGACGUGUAUUUCUCCCCCAGGCAUUCAAUCAUCUUCACCGCCAGGAUGCUGACUGUGGUUCUUGUUUGUGCCAUGAUGGCUCUGGUUAGAGCUGACGACAUACUUUCCACAUCUGCUCCGGUAGAAGGCGACCCAUUAGUCCUGAUCGUUGACCCCGUCGUAGAAAAAGCAGCCGAGGCUUGUGUUGAACCUUGGGUUCAUUAUGAGGAUCGCUGUUUCUUCUACGAUGCGACACCCAGGAGUUGGUCUAAGGCUCAGCUAAACUGCCAAACUAUGGGUGGAAGUCUUGCAUCAAUACACAGCACUGCGCAGAAUACGCGCCUUUUGCAGAUGACAAAGACGGCCACAUGGAUUGGAGGCACAGAUUGCCAACAGUCGGAUGAUUGGUUCUGGAGUGAUGCUACACGUUUUUCUCAAAAGUUUUGGUGCGGCUCACAGCCGGAUGGUGGCAUACAGGAGUGUUGCCUACAGAUGAAUACUGGAGAUGACCGUUGCUGGGAUGACGUAAGUUGCCAGACUGAGAACCCGUCAAUCUGCGUCAAGAAUCUCUAAGUCCUGUGCAGGUGCAGAGGCAUGCAGUGGAGUCCAACAAACACCUGAUAGAUGCAUACCCAUCUCUUUGUGUGUCUUUAGUUCUUUGCUAUUGAUGUAACAGACGAAACAACAAGUGACCAUGCUUUCAGCACAAUCUCACUCUGGUUUAUAUUUUGGAAAAUUAAAAAAGCUACAGCCAAACCA